AUGCAUUUCUUUGAAUUUGCUUCAUUCUUUAUUUCUCUCAGUUCUUUGAAUGUUCUUUAUUUCCUAUUGCAGCCAAUAUCAUUCUUCAUUCUUUUUUUUAUCUAUCUCAAUUUUUCACUUAACCUCAUUCAUUUUUCUCUAUUUCCUUCACUUGCUUCUUUUCACCAAGAUAUUUCCUUUUCUUUCUCUCCUCAUCUCCCCAAUAUUCUCUUUGUUUUAUUUUUUCAAUCUCUCCUACACCCAGAGAAUGCUACCGAUCUUAACUAUUACACACAUAUUCGACUUCUUUCGGAUAAAGAAAGUUUUCUAUUGAGCACACAUCUGGGGUUUUUUACCAUAUUUUCUCUUUCUCUCUUCUCGAUUUCCUCUCUCUCUUUUCUUCUGACGUUUCUCUCUUUCUAUCAUCUCUUUGUUUCUUUCUGUCUCGUCCUGAUUCUUUCUGGGUUUUUUUUCUUUAAACCGCUUCUAUUUCCAUUGCUUUUCACUGACAUGUCUGCUUUCUCUCUCUACUUCUGUAUUUUUCGCUCGCUCCCUCUCACACACUCCUUCCCUCUCUCUUAUCUGUCCUCUUUCUCUUUUUACCUUAUCCCCCUUUCUCUCACACGCAUAUCCUUCCACAGGUAUUUGCUUUCUCUCUAUUAUCUUCCUCUCACUCUCUCAAUUAUAUUCUUUCCUCUCUACUACGUCCCUCCUUUUCUCUCUCCCACUUAUACCCCUUUCUCUCUCUCCCGGUUAUACACUCUCUAUCUUUCCCAUUUUUCUUCGACAUAUGAUGCACACAAUAUUAUUGCAAACAAUAUUAUUACAUCUUCUCACGUCAGUCAUGGAUUAAAUAGCAGGGCAAACUUUCUAUUUCUUUCUUCACUCCGUUUUUUCUCUCUCUCUCUCUCUCUCCUACCUGCUUUCUCUCUCUCCCCUAUCUGUUUUCUCUCUCUCCUACCUCUCUCUCCCUAUCUGCUUUCUCUCUCUCUCUCCUACCUGCUUUCUCUCUCUUAUCUGCUUUUUCUCCUAUCUGCUUUCUCUCUCUCUCUCCUAUCUGCUUUCUCUCUCUCUCUCCUACCUGCUUUCUCUCUCUCCGAUCUGCUUUCUCUCUCUCCCCUACCUCUCUCUCCUACCUGCUUUCUCUGUCUCUCUUAUCUGUCUCUCUCUCCCCUACCUCUCUCUCAUAUCUGCUUUCUCUCUCUCUCCUAUCUGCUUUCUCUCUCUCCCAUACUUUUCUCUCCUAUCUGCUUUCUCUCUCUCCUACCUGCUUUCUCUCCCUCCUAUCUGCUUUCUCUCUCCCCUACCUCUCUCUCCUAUCUGCUUUCUCUCUCUCCCCUACCUCCUCUCUCUCUACCUGCUUUCUCUCUCUCUCUCUCUCUCUAUCUGCUUUCUCUCUCUCCAUACUUUUCUCUCCUAUCUGCUUUCUCUCUCUCCUACCUGCUUUCUCCCUCCCAUCUGCUUUCUCUCUCCCCUACCUCUCUCUCCUAUCUGCUUUCUCUCUCUCCCCUACCUCUCUCUCCUACCUGCUUUCUCUCUCUCUCUCUCUCUCCUAUCUGCUUUCUCUCUCUCCCCUACCUCUACUUAUCUGCCUUCUCUCUCUUUCCUUGCAGAGUCCAAGUCCCAAAGAAUAAAUGGCAAAUAAAUGUGUCACGUGAAGCCAGGUCACGCCAAUCAGUCUCUGUGUUCAUCGACAGAUAA